CCACAAUCAACAACACGGAGGCAACAACUCUUCAGGGGUCAUGCCUCCUCCGUUUGCAUGUGGGCCGCACCACUCCUAUCCCAGUGCUGGCUAUCUACACCACAUGAACUCCAGUAGUGCUGGCUACCAAAACCAUCUGCAACAGCACUACAACCAAGCCUCGUGGUACCACCAAGCUUUUCCUCCGUUUGGCCAUCAUGGGGGCGCAGCGAUGUUUCCUUCCUUUCUCCAGCAUGGCCCUAGUUCGUCC